UUAGUCUGGAUCUGAAAACCACAAUGAGCAACAGCAAUCUUUCCUCGGAUAUACGACCACUCCAGGAGGGUCUUCAGCGCAUUGCCAUUGAGGAGUUGAAUGAGGUCCCAUCUCGUAUAUCCUCUGAUAUUGCCACUCUGCGUGAAUGGCUCCAAAGGCAACCGCAUCUCUGCUCCUGCCUCACGGAUCAGUUUCUGCUCAGCUUUCUGCGUGGCAGUAAAUUUAGUUUGGAGAAGGCCAAACACAAGAUUGAUCGAUAUUACACGCUCCAGGUGGCUAUACCCGAAGUUUUCAACGAGCAUCGUCUCGCCGACGAUCCUCAGGUACUGGAGAUCGUACGCAUGGGUAUUAUACUACGCAUACCCUUGGAUGAGAAGGAUCUCGGUCCAGCGGUAACUAUUAUACGAGCUGGUUCUUAUGACACCAACAAAUUCAAGUUCCAGGACAUCAUUCGAGUGGGCUCCAUGUUCGGCGAGAUUAUGAUGAUGGAAGAUGACAAUGCGAAUGUCAGUGGCUAUAUCGAGAUAUUGGAUAUGGCCGGAGUAACUGCGGCCAAUUUGUUUGCCCUGCAACCGAUGUUGCUGAGCAAGUUUUCCGCCUUUGCGGAUGAGGCAAUGCCCACCAGGCAAAAGGGUAUACAUUUCAUAAAUGCGCCGGAAUCAUUCGAGAGUGGCUUCAAGUCGCUGCGAUCCUUCUUUCCCGACAAGAUCAAGCAGCGCGUCUCCGUUAGCUCCGAUCCGAAAGCAAUUUUUGAGCGGGUUCGUCGGGAGAAUUUGCCGCAGGAAUAUGGUGGCAGCAAGGGCACCAUGCAGGACAUUAUCGAUGAGAUGGAGCUCAAGUUGUUCAGCUAUCGCGAUUACUUCGAGCAGUCACGUCACUUUGGCACCAAUGAAAAACUGAGAGAACAUAAUGCUGAGAAUAUCAACUGCCAGAGUUACUUUGGCCUGGAUGGUUCAUUCCGCAAGCUAGAUAUCGACUGAACUCAGCAAACUAUUUAAAACUAUAAGCAAGCAAUAAAUUGAAUGCAUUGUUAA